AUGGAUCAAUCGCAAGAAAAGUUGUUAAAUGAAUCGCUCCUCUCGGACACGUCGAUCGACGACCGCAUGAUGGAGGGCUUCGUGAGCAUCCCAGAAGACGACGAGGAAGAUCAGGACAAUGGUCGCGACACCGUAGACAACGCCUGCGGAGGCCUGAUGAACAUGUCGUACGUUCCUUCCAACCCGGAACACCCCGAAUAUGCGGCCAUCCUCAAGCCAGACCAACUGGUACCGGAUUUCGUCCUCGGACUGCCGCAUCACUGCUCAACGCCAAAGAAAAACGGUCGUCCCGUGUCGAUGUACGAACCGUGGACGCAGUCUGAAGCGUUUCGAUCGCUUCCGGCGGAAGUGCUUCGCAAGGCGACAAAACUCAUCGACAUCGACUUCGAAACGGAAGCGUCCGCCAUCGCUGCUGCUGCAUCACGGUCCUGCUGGGAAGCCGAAGAUGCGACCGAAUUCAUCACCACCCUGGACGAAUCCGCCAUCCUGGACAUCGAAUCGUACGAGGAUCUGAGCCACAUCUACAGCAAACCUUCCGUUGGUGUGAAUUAUAACAACAAUAUGGUCGAGAAUCACCACACCGCACGGAAGCUGAUCGUGGCCGCCGAUGUGCAUCAGCAUCAGCAGUCACAAUUCAACCCAUUGUCGCACGUGUUCGCAUAUCCUGCGUACGAUCGCGAUGCGGAGCACGAGAAGUACGAGGAGAUCGAGAUUUACGCUACUGUUAAGAAGAAACCACGUGAGAGAACGCCUCAGUCCGCGAUCGAUCGUACGAUCGCGGUAGACACGCAGGCGCUGUUGCUCGCGACGGGUGGUGGACCGGUGCAGAAGUUGCCCAAAAUUAUGACGGCUGCGUGUUACGGUGAGCUGAAUGGAUUUGGCGUCGGGACGGCCAUUUCCGGCGCCUGGAAUGAGCUGGGUGCGAUUGUGAAAAGCAACGAAAAUCUGCUCGACUCGACGAAGGGUGGCGUUCUGUCGAUGAACAGCUCGAUCGUCGACGAGCUGCCGUCGGGGAGCAGUUCGUUCUACGAACCGAACUCGAUGAAUUCUUCGUUCGAUUUUGCUCGUUACUCGACGAGCGAGAAAACGCGCGUGCGCUGGUGGGACGACCUCACCGAGGAAACGGAAGCGGAACUGCAGGACAUUGCAGAGAAAGAUUUGGCAGCGAUUCGUAAGAUACUGGAAAACGAAACCGGAGGCGCCCUCUGUCCGAGCUGUCAGAUGCCGUUCGAUAAGGGCAAGAAAAGGAAGCUGAUCGACGCCUGCGGCCACGAGCGGUGCUACUCGUGCAUGUUCCGGAACGAGGCCUGUCCGCACUGCCAGGCGCAAAAGGAACCGACCAACCAACCCGUGGCCCAUCGGACCACGUUGUUGCACCAGCGAGCGGAUAUGGACAGCGAUGUUCUUUCGUCGAACGGUGCCAUCUACCAGCCGUUCAACCGAAAGAUGCACGGAUAUGGCAGUAGUACCCACCUGAUGUCUCCGCUGGGAUCGCCGCAGCCGCAGAACCGAUCGCAGAUGCGAACGAAUGGACACUUUUCUUCGAUCUACCAGAGUCCCGCCGACGUGUUUGGACACUCGGAACACAACAAGCUAAAGGACCGGCCCCCGAAAUGUCCCCCGGGAAAAUCGGAAUCGCACUACGCGACCAUCACGACGACCACCAGCGGCCCCGGAACGACGCACGCCUUCGGUCUAAAGCCACUCCAGCAGCGUUCAGCUCUCAACAGCAGCAGCGAGAUGACGUCCAGCACCUGCGCGACUCCACCACAGAACCGCCGACGCCUGUUCAGCCCCAAGAAUCUCCGCAGCCCGUUCGGUUACCGGCGCAGCAACAAUGGCCCCGCGGAUAACUCCACUCUCUCGGGGUUGGCCUCACUACUCAACCCGGCCACUUUCCAUCGGGCGAAAACGGCGGCCGCAAGCAAGAUCAGCCGCUCGAUGGCACGAGCAGGACAGGCCACGUCCGGUCAGGCGGCUGGGGACACUCCCGUGGGCCUGCUUGGGGCCUCCCAUGGGCCACCGAGUGGGAUCAGCAAGCGCCAGCGGAACGCUAAUGAUGGCCAUAAAUUCCACCGACUCAGCCUCGGUUCGUCCGCGUCGAUGGUUUUCGGCAAAAUAAAAUCCCUCUGGUCGGCGCAGGCGACGACGGUCAACGCGGGAUUGAAUCAAUUAGCAGAUGAUGAAGGAGGCAACGUGAAGCCGCUGGUGAUGAACGGCAAGUCCAAGUCCUCGCAGGACGAGCUACAGGUGCGUUUGGGUCUCUUCCUCGAGACGAACUCGCGACGUGCCCCGAACCAAUCCUGCAGCUCGCUAACCUCAGCCAACACCAGCCCCGUGUCGACGUUGACCGGAUCAUCCGAGGCGGAUGUGUCACGUGUGCUGCAACUGCAAGAACCCAACCCCUACCAUACUGGAUGUGAGUCGAUCGGUUCGAUGAUGUCCAUCUCCGAGCAGAGCAACGCGUCCUCUAGCCCUGUCAGUCGGCGUCAUUCGGUUACCACGUCCCAAAGCGGCAGUCACGUGGACGAUUUGCUGGCGUUCAAAAACCGUCGUACGACCGUACGCCGAUCGGCCAGAUCCGCCCAAAUCAAGGGUCCAAUCGAUCCGAAAAUCCGUUUCGCACAAUACCGCCAGCAGCAGCAGCAGUACCAGCAGCACCAGCUCCAACAGCACCAGCUACAGCAGCUCACGUUGAAGCCGCUGUUCUUUGAAGUGCCCACGCACGAACCCAAUCCACUGUUCGUGGGCCGGCACUGGCUGGUACGUGAGUUGGCCACCGCAAUUCAAUCGACCGAUUCACCGGGUGUUUUGUUGAGCGGAAACCUCGGUACAGGCAAGACGGCCCUGCUGCUGCAGUUAGUCGAGUACUCGUGCUUUGGUCGGCGCAAGGAACAACCGAUUCAGGAGAGCGACGGCAUCUACUGCCAGGUGAAUGUGGCGCACGAUCGUCUGCGCAGUUUGGCCUCGCACGUGGUGGCGUACCACUUCUGCCAGGCGGACAAUAACGCCACCUGCUUGAUUCCGGAUUUCGUUCACUCGUUGGCGGCGCAACUCUGUCAGGCACCGCAGUUGGCCGCUUACCACGAGUUCCUACUUGGGGAGCACGCGCUACAGCACGCACUCAGCGUGAAGGAAUGCAUCGCGAAUCCGGAACGUGCGAUGGCGAUGGGUAUCCUGGAGCCGUUGGCAACGUUGCGGCGUACCGGCAAGAUCCCGGCAAAGAACUGCAUCAUCCUGGUCGACGCGUUGUGUGAAGCUGAAUACCAUCGGCCGGAUCAUGGCGAUACGAUCGCGGCCUUCCUGCAACGGAUGAGUGAGCAUUUCCCGUCCUGGCUGAAGGUGAUCGCGACCGUUCGCACGCAAAUGCUCGAGUUCUGCAAGAGCCUGCCGUACACGAAGAUCAGCCUUGAUAGCUGGGCGACGAACGAAUCACUGCAGAAGGACCUGCUGGAGUACAUCACAUUCCGCAUCAACCAGAGCCAGAGCAUCCAGCACAAUGUGGCCGGUGGGCGCGAGAUCACCAACACGAGCGCGCACUUCAAGUUUGCCCAACACCUGCUCGCGCUCGCAAAGGGCUCCUUUUUGUUCGUGAAGCUGACGCUUGACCUGAUCGAGCGCGGUAAUCUCGUGAUCAAGUCGAGCAGCUUCAAGGUGCUGCCGGUGUCACUGGCACAGAUCUUCCUGCUCAACUUCAACCUACGCUUCCCGACGGCCACCGCGUACGAGCGCAUCUCGAACAUCCUGGCCGUGUGUCUGGCCGCGCUCUAUCCGCUCACGCUGACCGAGAUUUUCUACUCACUGAAUGCGCUUAUCGCGAGCGAAACUGCAUCAGCGGCAACGGAUCUGGACUCCUCAUCCGGAGCCACAAACGAGCCAGCCGAGGGUAUGAUCGAUUGGGACGAGUUCCUGUGCCGCUUUAAGACGCUCACCGGGUUCCUGGUGCGGCGUCUCGACGACACGUACAUGUUCUUCCAUCCAUCCUUCAGGGAGUGGUUGAUCCGGCGCGAAGACGGCGAAAGUACCAAGUUCCUGUGUGACCUACGUAACGGGCAUGCCGGUAUUGCGUUACGGCUUUCGCGCCUUCAAGCGCCACUCGAACCGGAACAAGCACUCGAACUUGGCCACCAUAUCCUGAAGGCGCACUUGUACCGUAGCGCACCAGCCCAUCAGUCGCCGCGUGAUCUACAGGCGUUUUGGGUGGCUUCGGUCACGGGAUGUGUGUCAUCCGCGCUCACAACCCUGCGCAACGUGUACAGCCCGAAUGUGAAGGUGUCCCGGUUGCUCCUGUUGGCCGGUGCCUCACCUGACCAUGUGACGCCGUUCCUGGGUAACGCACCGAUCCUGUGCAUUGCCGCGCAUGAAGGCAUCCUGCCGAUGGUGAACCUGUUGCUUGAGUUUGGUGCCAGCGUUGAGCAAACCAACAGCCAGGGCUGCACACCGCUCGUCCUCGCGGCAGCUCGUGGUCACUGUGACGUGGUACGUCAGCUGGUUGCGGCUGGGUCUUUUCUUGGCCAAACGGACACAUCGCAGCGUUGUGCGCUGGUACACGCGGCCGUUGCCGGUCGGCUGCAGGUCGUCAAAUAUCUGGUCGCGUGUGAUUGGAUGCCACGUCCGGGUAGCACCACGGAUGUGACGCUCGAACAGGCCGCCCAGCAAGCGCUAACGGCAGCCGCUGGUCAGGGCAACUCGGACAUUGUGGAGGAUCUGCUGGACAUGGGUGAGGUGCAGGUGAACCGGUUGGAUGUGAUCACCGGUGAAACGGCACUCACGACCGCGUGUGCCCAGGGUCACACGGAAACGAUCGCGAUCCUGCUCAGCCGGGGUGCCUCGACGGAGGUGCGCAAUCGGAAGGAGAUGGCUCCGUUGCUGAUCGCCGUGAAGGAGGGCCAUUGGGCGAUCGUGGAGCGUUUGCUGCAACACCCGACGGAUUGCGAGCAAACGGAGGCGAACGGAAAGACUGCGCUGAUGAUCGCCGCGGAAGAGGGCCAUGUCGGUGUGAUCGAGCUGCUGCUCAGCCGAGGUGCAUCGCUGACGGCGCAGGAUAAGGAUGGGUUGACGGCGCUUAGCUGGGCGUGUUUGCGUGGCAAGCAGCAAGCGGCCAAAUGUCUGCUGGAACGUGGUGGCGACAAACAGCACGCGGAUGGCACCGGACGUACGCCGCUCGAUCUGGCCGCGUAUCAGGGUUCAGCCUCGCUCGUGCAGAUGCUGCUUGAUCAUGGUGCCCAGAUUGAGCACGUCGAUAUCAACGGAAUGCGGCCACUCGAUCGAGCCAUCGCCUGCCGGAACGUGCAGGUCGUGCAGGUGUUCCUGAAGCGUGGUGCCAAACUCGGUCCUGCAACCUGGGCCAUGGCAGCCGGAAAGCCGGAGAUAAUGUUGAUCCUGUUGAACAAACUGCUCGAGGACGGCAACACGCUGUACCGGAAGAACCGUCUGCAGGAGGCCUCCCACCGGUAUCAGUACGCGCUGAAGAAGAUUCCGACGGUGCCAACGGGCAGUGACGUGAACGGGAAUGGGUGUGGUGCGGCCACGAGCGACCCGCUCACCGGGGCGACCGUUGCGGAUAGCAACAACAACAACAGCAGCCCCAGCAACACGGCCACCUUCCAGCAGCUGCGGUUUAAUUUCCUGCUCAAUCUGUCCCGCUGCAAGCGAAAAAUGAACGAUGUAGCAGAAGCGAUCGAGCUCGCGCGGCAAGCGAUCGAAAUUAAACCGAAUGCGUACGACGGUUAUUACGCCCGGGCAAAGGCUCUGAUGGAGCAGGGCAGCUAUAGUGACGCGUUGAAGGACGCUUCGGCGGCGCUGGCCCGCGCCCAACCGACUACAGCCGAGAUUCGGGAGACGCUGACGCGCCUGCACGGUGAUCUGCAGAAGCGCCAGAUGCAGGUGAUCGCGGACACGGCCAAAUCGGCCAUUGCCAGCGUCGGUCUGUGCACGGUGGCUCAUCCCAUCGAGUCGACCGUUAGCACGCGCUCCAGCUCCGUCCACAGUGGCCGCUCGUGCACCGAAUCCAUGGACAUCUUCACCGAUCUGUGAGACCGAUGUUGGGGAAAGCAAAGCGAGCAUAUUUCGCAUUGCGUGCAGGGUGUCGUUCUGAAGAGUGUUACUUAUUAGUGGCGCCGUAGCAGACGGGUGGCGC